AUGCUGCUAUCAAACAAGGACUUUUACCAGGAGUUUGGAUACAUGGGUCGGGUAAAGGGCACCAAAGAGCGAAGAGCCAGCGGCGGUGGCGUCCCCUUAAGCAUUCCUAACAAUAUCUCUUCUAUCGAUUCCACGCAGUUCUUUCAGUCUGACCUUAUGAAACUUAUCAAGGAUCAGUAUAAGGGGCUUUCUAAGAAGGAGAGAAAGUCGCCUGGUAUCUUGGAUGGCUUUAUCUGGGUGCAGGAUAGUAUUGACUGGAAGACGGAGGGUGAUGAUGAGGAUUUGGACUAG